GGAGAGAGGGAAAGUGCUCGAACAUAUAUGAAGCUCCUGGCCCCCCAACGGUCCUCCACUUAGCGAGCAUUAACAAAAGUAACAGCAGAGAUUGUUCGAAGAUUACCUUAGACGUUCGUCCAGGAACUAUUUCCCGAGUACAACACAGUACGUUUGAUGGCCUAAGCUGCAGCCUGAAGAUGACUUCUAAUGUAUCGGCUCACCUGUCGGACGAGGGUUUACAAGCAAAAACUAUCAUCAAGAUGUUCCAGUUCCUUGCCUUUUGCGAAUGCUCCCGAAAACCAGAAGGUGACAGUGGAUGCCUGCAGUCUGAUGGCUGCACUAAAAGCAUGCGGCCGCUCGAAGGACAUAAAAGGUGGCCAGGAAAUUCAUGCAACUGUGUUGAAGAGCGGCCUCUUUCCGUGGAAUACAUCACUGGGGAACUCAUUGGUGAACAUGUAUGCGAAAUGUGGGAACAUGCCGGAAGCUCACAAGGUGUUUCACCAGAUGCCGGUUCACAGUGUAAUAUCGUGGAACACGCUCAUAGCUGGCUACGCAGUCAAUGGAGAGUGUGAAGUUGCUCUCCAGCUCUUUGAAGAUAUGAGACGAGAAGGCAGCGAACCAAACGCUCGAACGUAUCUUCCUGCACUGAUGGCCUGUUCCAGCUGGGCGACAAAGGAAGAAGCCAUGCAAGUCGGUGGGAAGCUUGUGAAGAUGGGAUGCUUACAGAAGGGAAUGGCCAUUCACUCCCAAGCUCUGGCAAAUAACUAUCGCUCGGACGUUUUCAUUGGAAGUAUGCUCGUUACUACGUACGCGAAGUGUGGCAGCAUGGUGGACGCUCGUAUGGCCUUCGACAAGAUGCCGUCACCUGAUCUUGUAGCAUGGAAUGCACUGCUACAAGGAUAUGUGGAUAACGGGGAGAGCGAGCUGGCGUUGGAUUUAUUUUCUGUCAUGGCAUCACUGGAACUGGAGGCAGAUACUCGAACUUUUGUCGCUGCGCUCAUGGCUUGUGGUAACUUGGCAGACAAAGAAGAAGGGAAGAGACUUAACGGGAAGCUUGUCAAGGGUGGAAGCAUGGAGAGAGGAAAAGAGGUACACGUCCAAGCUUCAACUAGUGGUUGUUGCUCAAACUUGUUCGUUUCAUGCAGCUUGAUCGACAUGUACGUCAAGUGUGGCAGCUUGAAGGAUGCCUUUGCGGUCUUUGAGAGCAUGCCUCGUCACGACGUUGUGUCCUGGACCGCGCUGAUCUUGGGGUAUGCAGAGAGUAACGAGGCUGAAGUGGCUUUGGAACUUUUUGAGCGGAUGAAGGACGAAGGCUGCUUGCCAGAUUCUCGUACUUUCGUUGCAGUGAUGGUGGCUUGUGGGAAUCUUGCUGGGCACCAGAACAACCAACAGGUCAUGCUUGAAGUUGGGAGAAAGUUACAUACAGAGGCUGCAAAGCAGGGAUUCAGCUCGCACUUACGGGUCGCGAACACGAUGGUGGACAUGUAUGCAAAGUGUGGGAGCCUGGAAGAGUCUCGCAGAGUUUUCGAGCAGAUGGCUCAACGAGAUGUGGUCUCGUGGAAUGUUAUCAUUCUGGGGUGCUUGGUAAACGGAGACGCAGAGAUGGCCUGGAAGCUGUUUGAGCGUAUGCAAGGCGAAGGCUGUACACCGAAUGGUGGCACCUUUGUAGCAGCAGCAAUGGCUUGUGGUCGACUAGCAGGAAAAGUGGAAGGAGAGAGAAUCAACGGAAGGGUGGUGAAAGUAGAGUGGCUACAGAAGGCAACGGAUAUAUACUCACAGGCCAAGAAAGGUGGAUUCGAUGUGCAUGUGUUCGUUGCCAGCGCACUGGUGGAGAUGUUUGGGAAGUGUGGAAGCAUGAUCAGCGCGCGAGCAGUUUUCGAGAAGAUGACCUUUCACGACUUAGUGGCUUGGAAUGGGCUGAUCGUAGGCUAUGCAGGGAAUGGUGAGGCGGAGCUGGCUCUUGCAGCGUACCAGCAAAUGCGGGAGGAAGGUCGGUUUGUGCCAAACAGCCGGACUUGUGUCGCUCUGCUCAUGGCCUGUGGAGAGCUGGCGGCUCUUGAAGAAGGGACAGCAAUUUACGCAGAGAUUUGCAGAAACGGACUCGAGGACGAAGAGUUUGUUGCUACUGGUCUAGUGGACUUCUACGGGAAGUGCGGCAGCACCAGCAAAGCUCGUCGAGCUUUCAAUUCGAUGAAGAACACGGACUCGGUGACUUGGACCGCUCUCUUGGCUGGAUACAGUUCUGCUGGUGAUACGGAGCAGGCUCUACAGUUUUUUCAGGAGAUGGUGGCCAAAGAAGAUGGUGGUGUCGAUGGAGUCGCAUUGCUGUGCGUCCUGAGUGCCUGCAGCCGCGCUGGUCUUGUGGAGAAAGGAAAAAGGCUGUUCCGAAGGAUGGCAUCUGGGGAGUUUGGCAUUCAACCUGGGAUCGAGCACUAUCAUUGUUUCAUCGACAUGCUGGGACGAGCUAAUAUGGUACAGGAUGCUACAGAAGCUGCGAAGAGAAUGCCAUUUCCUGCAACUGCUGUUACUUGGACGACCAUCUUAGGCGCUUGUUUGAAGUGGAAAGAUCUGGAAAUGGGGAAGGUUGCGUUUGACAAGUUUUUGGAGACUGAUACUCAGCACCCGGCAGCAUACUCUUUGAUGGCGAAUCUGUACGGCAGCGCUGGGAUGUGGCAAGAGCAAAAGAAAGUUUUGGAGCUGACGAGGAAACGACAUUGCUAGAAGACGCUCGUACAAGCUGCUUUCUGUCGUGAAUGCCGCGAAGAACAGCAAAACCUCGGCUCUUCCAUGUAACUUUGCCCGAUUCGGUGCAGCUGAUCUCCGACACGUACGCAACUCAACACAAAAUGACGACGAAGUAAACAGGUAGCAUUUUGAUUGUAGUUGAUAUCUGAAUUUAUCAAAUCAAAUAUGACAGGAGGUGAGCACCUCAACUUGAAGUC